AUGGCCGAGAAUGGGACUGAAGGGACCGAGUUUCUCCUAACGGGUUUCCCCGGGCGGCCGGAACUGCAGAGGGUCCUUUUCUGGGUAUUCCUGGUAUUUUACCUCCUCACCCUGGGUGGCAACCUGGGUAUAUUCGGGCUCAUCCAGGUGGACACCCAUCUCCAGACACCCAUGUACUUCUUUCUCUGCCACCUCUCCCUCCUCGACGCCUGCUACUCUUCGGUCAUCGUCCCUCAGUUGCUGGUAGCCCUGAGUUCGAGUGGCGCGUCCGUCACAUCUGGGCGAUGUGCAGCCCAGUUCUUCCUCUUCACGCUGUUCGGCACCACUGAGUGCUUCCUCCUCGCGGUCAUGGCCUAUGACCGCUAUGUGGCCGUGUGCCACCCCCUCCUCUACGUUGCCAUCAUGACCCCCCGGGCCCGCUGGGGGCUGGUGUCUGGGGCUUAUGCAGGGGGACAGCUCAGCAGCAUGAUCCGCACGGGCUGCACCUUCUCUCUCUCCUUCUGUAAGUCUCACCACGUGGACUUCUUCUUCUGUGACCUCCCGCCCUUGCUGAAGCUGUCGUGCACCGACACCAAGGCCCAAGAGCUGGUCAUCUACCUCGUAGCUUUCUCUGUCAUCACGACCACCAUGAUGGUGAUCCUGGUCUCCUACCUAUUCAUCAUCAAGGCCAUCCUGUGCAUCCGUUCGGCCGGCGGGAGGGCCAAGACAUUCUCUACCUGUGGCUCUCACAUGACCGCAGUGGCUCUGUUCUUUGGGACUCUCGCCUUCAUGUACCUGAAAGGCAAUAUGGGCCAGGCCCUGGAGGUGGACAAGGUGGUAUCUGUGUUCUACACCGUGGUCAUCCCCAUGCUUAACCCCAUGAUCUACAGUCUGAGGAACAAAGAGGUGAAGGAGGCCCUCAGGAAAAUUCUCUACAGGACCAAGAUCAUGAAAGAUGAUGAUUUUAGUUGUACCACGGAAAUUCUGGGAUAUUUUCACAAUGUUUUCUACUUGAUGGCCGAGAACAGCAACGGAGGGACCGAGUUUCUCCUAAUGGCCGGAACUGCAGAGUGUCCUCUUCUGGGUAUUCCUGGUCUUUUACCUCCUCACCCUCUGGGGAAACCUGGGCAUAGUCAGGCUCAUCCAGGUGGACGCCCAUCUCCAGACACCCAUUUCUUCCUCUUCACGCUGUGCUCCUACAUCGAGUGCUUCCUCCUCAUGGUCAUAACCUAUGACUUCUACGUGGCUGUACGGCCCUCCUCUACGUCGCCAUCGUGA